GAAGAAUGCUUGUUACCUACUCCUUUUUAAGUUCCCAAAUACCCCAAAACCAAACGUAUCUCUGAGAGCAGAGCAUUGAGAUGGAGCGCCACAAAUGCAAGCUCUGUUCGAGAACAUUCGCCAAUGGCAGAGCUCUCGGUGGCCACAUGAAGGCUCACUUAGCCACCCUUCCUCUUCCUCUUCCACCCAAACCCCAACCUCUUCCUCAAUCCAUUAACACUUUCUCUUCCAAUUCAUCUUCACGUCAAGACAUACAACAACACCCUCAUAAUGAACAACAACAAAAGGCUCUCCUCAACUACGCCUUGCGAGAGAAUCCCAAGAAAUGUUUCAGGCUCGCAGAUCCCGAGUUCGACUCCGGCGCCGUCGUGCAAGACAGGGAGAGCGAGACCGAGUCAAAGAACCCAACCCGCCGACGAUCCAAGCGCUCACGCAGGCCCGCCAAUUCCCAACCCAAGGCCCGGCCCAAACUCAGCUUCAUGGAGUCCCCCGAGCCCGUCAGCUCUGUCUCCGACACUUCCCCUGAAGAAGACGUCGCCAUGUGUCUCAUGAUGCUGUCCAGAGACCGUUGGAGCAAGAACACCCACGCUGCUUUCGACAACAACAACCCCAUGGAAGACGACGAAGAAGAGAGAUCACUGGAAGAGAUCAAGUUCAGAAGAGUUUGCCGGAAGCACCAGUGCCAGAGUUGCGACAAGACGUUUCGAUCUUCGCGCGCAUUGGGCAGCCACCGAAGCAUUUGCGAAGGUUCGGGUAACGAUAGUAAAAUCUUCGAAUGCCCCUUUUGUUUUAAGGUAUUUGGGUCUGGUCAAGCUCUGGGUGGCCACAAGAGAUCUCAUAUGGUACCUUCUUCUUCCUCCACUGCCAAUGAUUCCACCCGUUUCAAAGAAAGUUUCAUAGAUCUCAACUUCCCUGCUCCACCUGAAGAAGAAGACGAUCUCAGCGUGGUUUCCGAUGCCCAAUUUGAUGACUGAUGAACUCAUUACAUGGGUAAAGUCUUCUCUUUUGGUAUAUUAUUUUUGAUUUUUUAUAGUAGGUGAGAAUUAAUAUUACAUUGGGUUCAUUGUUAGAUCAAAUGCUUUUGAUGGUACAAUGAUAGCUCAUAAUUUAUGUUUUCACCAACUGUCUGUUGUGCCUAACUCUGGAGUUAUACAUGCCACUGAAUUGUGCUGGCUAACCAUUAAAAUCUGAUCAUCAUGGAGUGCGUGAAUCAACUAACAUGACAUUUAAUAGCAGUCUUAGCAUUGUUCAAGGUCAUGAUGAGUUGCUAAGUAACACUGUUAAGCAAAGGAAACCCAGUUGAGAGUGUUUUUGGGGAUUUGGUUCAUUGAUUGUGGACCAACAGCUUUGGGGUUUGAAAGUACUAAAGAGUUAAAUUCCAUUUUUGUGCUCUGGUUCUGUUUCACCUGUCCUUCCACUUUCUUUGAAAAAAAUAAUAUAAAUCAUUUGGUUUUCUUGGUCAUUGUCUUUUGGGUGAAACGGAUGUGGAGAAGAAGAGUUAAAUGACAGCAAUGUAAAUGCUGCGAUUUGUUUCCUUGUUUCCUUUACGUGAAUCUGGAGUUAGUUCCGUGAUGCCCGGAAAGAUAUAUUGGGGAAAAACAAUUGCUCAUGUUAUUUCUCUCUUCUUUUUGAUUUUUUGGGUUAGAAAUAAUAGCUAUAUUUUUGUUUUAUUAUCGAAGACUUAUCUUCGUUGUUGAACAAAACGAAGAAUCCGGAGUACAGAGGGGUGCCCCGCACUCUACUGUUCUUUAUCAAAGAAAUAGUCAGAUUAACAGAACAAGAGAAUCAUCAUGUAUUUACAGUUAGAAUACUUGCAGUAAGAUUUUAUUCCUGGGUUAUUUUUUAUCUAUGUAUUUAGAUUUAAAAUCUUAUUUAAAAGAUUGAAUUCUGUUUUUGUUAGAUGAAGAACGUGUUGGUGUAUAUUUUUACUUUAUGACAGUGAUGACAGUUGGAAUGGAAUAAAAAAAAAUGGUAGGUUUUUGUUGAUCAUGUGAUCUUGCUUCAUAAAAACUUUAACUAGAGAAUAAGAAGACAUUUGAAGUUGGAUUAGUGAAAGAUUGAAAAGGUGUGUAGUUUGCCGUCACAAAACAUCAAAAGGGAAUCGACAAAAUUUCCGUUACAAAAUUGUCCUAUGUUUCCAUUAUAUCUCUUACAAAAUGCUUAUCGCCA